AAAAGUGGAAACAAAAUAUUUCCAAAUGAAAAUUUUCUCAAAAGUGGAAACAAAAUAUUUCCAAAUAUUUUCAUAAAUACACUUCCCAUAUUUUUGGAACUAUCCAUUCUGCAGAUUGUAGAUUUUGAGUAAUGUGUAGAUUAUUUGUUCUACAUAUUUUCGAAUGAUAGAUUAAGCGUAAAAUGUGUAUUCAAAAUAUUUUUAGAUUACUAAUAUUUUCGUAAAUCACUUAUUCUAAUCUUAAUAGAUUUAAUGAUAAACAUGGAUGACUUAUUUUAAUCAUAGUAGAUUUAACGAAAAACGUGGGAAAAUGAGAACCACAUAAAGUCUUAAUAGAUUUAAUGACAAAGAAAUUAUGGAAAGACUUGGGGAACAUGGCUACUCAUCUUAGUUAUAUGUGUCCAUUUCGUUGGUAAGCAAAAAUAUUAAAAUAAAUAUGACUCGGGAAAAUGAGAACCAUAUAAAGGGAAAAGUAGAUAUGGAAAGACUUGAGGAACAAGGCUAUUCAUCUUAUAUUAAAUGGAGUCAUUACCAAAGUUUCAACUAGAGAUUUUUGCAUUACUAGAAGAAGAAAAAAGCACACUAUGAGUUCUCUACUUCUCAGCCGUCUCUCUAGGCUCUGUCUGAGGAAACCACCUAAGCUAGGAGUUAAAUACCUAUGCGGCGCUCGAUUCCUGUCAGAAACCUCUAUUUGCCGCAUCGUACGCGCUGAUCAUUGGCAGUAUAGUUCGAGGGAUGAGAGUGUCGGCAAACUUGUGAUUCACAAUGUUAAUGCUUCGGACUCUGAGGACGACGAGGUUUUGGAAAAGAUGGUGCCCAUGGAGUUGAUGACAGGAUCAGGAACGAUAGGAGCAUCCCAUGGGUGGGUAGCUACUUUUAAAGAGAGCAUAGUGUGUCUUCAAGACGAUCUAAACCCGAGAGCGUCUAACUCAGAUCCGAAGCGAAUCUCUCUGCCUCGUCCCCAAACGCUGCCUCAUUGCCAAACCCAACUGGUAACCAACGUGGCAAUGUCCUCCUCUUCUCCUGAGGACGAUGACUGCAUUGUGGCCGUCAAAUUCGUUGGACCUCAACUCAGCCUGUGUAGGCCUGCUGAAAAGAGUAAAAAGUGGGUCAACAUCAGAAUCGAAGACCCGGGCUUCUUCAACUCCCGUGUGAUGUACUCAAAGAGAGAUAAGAUGUUCUCCAUGCUGGAUUGUGUAGGCACACACAUAGGAUACUGGGAUCUUGAAAAACACAGAUCGCGUAACUUGGGGAGUUUUUCCUACUACUACGAAGAGUUUGUGCAGUCGCAGUUGCAGCAGCUGUCUCAGUGUUACAGGACCGAACACUUGGUGGAGGCACCCACAGGUGAAACUUUUAUUGUUAAGUGGUACUCAGAUCUCCUGUGGGGGAGCGAGGGCAAUUUUGGUAAUCCGCGUUGGCAGCGUUUCAUGGUGUUCAAGAUACGAUAUGAUCAAAUUUGCACCGCCGUUUCCACUAAGGACAUUGGAGAUCUCUGUAUUUUUCUCUCCACCAAAGGCGAACCUUUCUCUGUAAAGGCUAGCUUGUAUGGCCUUAACCCAAACUACAUCUAUUACGUGGGCCACUUUAACUUCGGAAAAGUCAAUAUCCGCGAUAAUGUCUGGGUUGGUGGACAUGGCUUUUCCCCUGCCCCUUACUUCAUUCCACCUCAAUCCUCUUAAUUGUGUUUCUUUAUUUUUUCGCAUUUGGAUUACAAUGGAAACUCACUCGCACUUCUAUUGUAUAGUCUGACUUUACUUUUAAAAGUUAUGUGGAGUUUGAGCAUCACAAUUAUACAACAACUCUUCCUAUUUUGAUUGAGAUUGUUGUUAGUUAAUUAAUUAUAUGUAUGACAAAUGUUAUGAGAGCUAAGUCA